UAUACGUAAGGACAGCGUACAUCACACUCACAGAUUUUGAUCGCUUUUCAAACACGAAACUUAUUGAAAUUUAUUAAAGUAUUGGAUUUAAUCUGCUGAGUGCAUAAUAAAGAUCAAGUUUGUGUAGUUUAUGAAUGGGUCGGACAACUCAUAUGACAGGUUAGGCUGCCCUGAACUGAUCAAUUUAUUCCAAAGUGAAGAUCGUGCCAAGACAAUGUCCCGGCGGUGGGCGAUUAUGCGCCACCUUGUAGGAUGGGUACGUCAUCAUCGCGUACAUUUAGGAAAAACUCCCGAACGAGACCUAACGAUUUGGAGCGAAACGACUGGGAGCGAAAACAUAAUGGAGCGAAACGACCGCAAGUCAUGAUAUUUUGUGACGGCAUGGCUGGUUGUGUUAGCUGACAUACCCAAUUUGGAUAUUCAAAAAUGAGGGAUAAAAUAGAUAAGAUGAUUGAUUCCAGGACUGGUCCUCCUCCAAUUGACCCUAAUAAGACCUAUGUCAACCCUGGGGAGGAGGAUCAUAUGGAGAUUGAGGGUUACACUUUAAGCAAGAGCCGCCAGAUCUUGACAUGGAUUGCUAUCGUGUUGACGCUGGGCUUCCUCCGUCUGAUCUUUCAUUGGAAGCCUGAGUGGAUGAUCAUGGCGACACACGUUCAAUGCCACUUGGAGGAUGCUGACACUGUCAUCUUGAAGGAUGUUUACAAACAAGUUUUUGUGGCCAAAAUUAAGAUCAUGACCAAGGAUGGAACACGUAUUGAAGUGAUACAGAAUUCUCACCAGAGUGCCUGGUUUAGUAAGUCGUCUGGGUCGUCCGACUGUCGAACUCAUCUGGCACCACGCCAUCAGGCAACGCAUAAUGUGUCCAACAUCACUAGAGGUCUUCAUCACAAACUGGUGCCACAAUCGAACGAACCAGAGGAGAUGGUGUCGCCCCUGCUCAAUAACGUUGCUCACGAUGAUGCGUUGAUCCGAUUCUUCUCGAUCAAACACCUCAAGUACAUCUGGAAUGGCAGCACUCUCUCCUUUAAGAAGCUCAAGGGCCUUGAGGAAGGGCAGACCUGCGGCUAUCUCCAUAUGACAGCAACGUCGGGGCUUACAGAUCUUGAAUACACGAGAAAGUUUGCCUUAUACGGUACCAACUCGAUGCCCGUACGGGUCCAGCCGAUCGUCAAGCUCCUCUUCCAAGAAGUCCUCAACCCAUUCUACAUCUUCCAAAUCUUCAGCUGUACCUUGUGGUACUUUGAUGAAUAUGAGAUUUAUGCGUCGUGCAUUGUGUUCAUAUCACUUGUGUCGUUAUCUACCGGUGUCUAUCAGACCAGGAAGAUGCAGCGAGAAUUGCGGGAUACGAUCGCAUCGUCAAGUAUUGUCUCUGCUGCUCGGGGUUCAGGUUUCAUCCAAGUCCCAUCUGAUAUUUUGGUGCCGGGUGAUGUGAUUGAGAUACCACGUGAUGGCUGCAUCAUGCAGUGUGAUGCUGUCCUACUCAGUGGCAACUGUAUUGUCAAUGAGAGCAUGCUGACAGGUGAGAGUGUGCCCGUGACCAAGACAGCUCUACCAAACUCCGGCCACUCAGGGGACCAGGUGUCGCCACCGUUCAACAUGAAGGAACAUUCCAAACACGUCCUCUUCUGCGGUACGAAGGUUAUCCAGACACGUUACUAUGGAAACCAGAUGGUGAAGGCUGUCGUGCUUCGAACUGGUUUCAUGACAGCGAAAGGUGAACUGGUGCGCGCCAUUUUAUUCCCGAAGCCUCUUGACUUUCGUUUCUACCAGGACACCAUGAAGUUUGUCGCAUUCCUGUCGAUGCUUGCCGGCAUUGGGUUCAUCUUCACAGUUGUUUUGAUGUCUGUGCGUGGAUCCAGUGCUGGUCAUAUCAUACGCCGUGCACUCGAUGUCGUGACGAUCGCUGUCAACCCCGCCCUACCAGCCGCCAUGACGAUUGGCGUGGUGUUUGCCGUGAAUCGUCUCAAACGUUCCAAGGUGUACUGCAUCAGUCCGAGUCAUAUCAACAUCUGCGGCACCGUGAAUGUCGUCUGCUUUGAUAAGACUGGUACCCUGACUGAAGACGGCUUAGAUAUGUGGGGUGUAGCACCAGUGGAGAAUGAAAGGUUUUUGCAGGUCGAGCAGGACAUGACAAAGCUGCCACGUGAACACUUGCUCUACACCAUGGCCUGCUGCCACUCACUCACCAUCAUUGACGGUGAGAUAUGUGGUGAUCCCCUCGAUUUGAAAAUGGUGGAAGCGACCAACUGGGAGGUGGAGGAACCGGGUGAAGACACGGCCAAGUUUGAUGUCAUCAUGCCGACCGUUGUCAGACCAAAACAACCUGAUGUCAUCAGGAAUACUGACUCAAUGGAAAGUGAGGUUCCUCCAUUUGAGAUCGGCAUCGUACGACAGUUUACCUUCUCAUCUAGUCUCCAGAGAAUGUCCGUCAUCACUCGCAUACUCGGUGACAAUCAUUAUAAUCUUUACACCAAGGGGGCACCAGAGACUAUCACAUCGCUGUCUAAACCAGAAACAGUUCCCAAGGAUUUCCUUGAACAACUGAUGCACUACACUCAGCAGGGUUACCGCGUGAUUGCCCUCGCAUGGAAACCACUCAAACUAAGUUACCUCAAGGUGCAACGUGUUGAGCGCAAGGAGGUUGAGAAAGACUUGAACUUCCUGGGAUUGUUGAUCAUGGAGAAUCGACUCAAGCCAGAGACGACACCCAUUAUCAGAAUGCUGAAGGAGGCUAAUAUACGCACUGUGAUGGUGACAGGUGAUAAUAUUCUAACUGCUGUCAGUGUGGCGGUCGACUGUGACAUGGUCGGUGAUCGAGAGCGUGUCAUCCUUGUCAAUGUGCUGCCCCCUAGUGAUGAGAGUGGAGCAAGUAUUGAGUACAUGUAUGCCGAGGAUAAUAAGCGGGUCAACCUCAAUGAUUUGAAUACACCGACUAGCACCAAGGAUUCCUUCAUCAUGAAUGUGGCCAAACCUAAAUACCACUUUGCCAUCACGGGCAAGUCUUGGGCAAACAUCAAGCAACACUUCCCUGAUCUCAUCCCUAAACUUGUGGUACGCGGUACUGUGUUUGCACGGAUGUCUCCAGAACAGAAGGCACAACUGAUCGAGGCGCUCCAAGAGGUUGGGUAUUAUGUUGGCAUGUGUGGAGAUGGUGCGAAUGAUUGUGGUGCGUUACGUACCGCCCACACGGGGAUAUCCCUGUCUGAAGCUGAGGCAUCGUUGGCCUCACCGUUCACGAGCAAAGAGGCGAAUAUCAAGUGUAUACCUACUGUCAUCAGAGAAGGCCGAGCAGCGCUAGUGACCUCUUUUGGUGUGUUUAAGUACCUCGGCUGUGCCAGUUUUGUCCAGUUCAUCACUGUCAUACUCCUUUAUUGGAUCGAUGCCAACCUGACCGAUUUCGAAUUCUUGUUUUGUGAUCUUCUGCUGAUCGCGACUCUCAGCAUCACAUUUGGCCGUACGGGCGCGUACCCAAUCCUUGUAAAGGAGCCGCCUAAUGUGAAGUUGGCCAGUAUUGGCCCGAUUAUCUCCAUUCUGGUACAGACCAUCAUCAUAGGGAUAGUCCAGUUUGAGGCAUUCUUUAUGGUACGACAACAACCUUGGUUUGAGAAGUUCAUCCUGAAUGACGCAGAAAAUUACAUGUGCCAUGAGAAUGCCAUGAUCUUCCUGGCGUCGAGUUACCAGUACAUCAUCCUGGCUGUCGUCUUCUCAAAGGGCGCCCCCUAUAGGAAGACAAUCUUCUCCAACUACUGGUUCAUGGCCAACCUCGUCCUCGUGACAUCACUAACCUUGUUCAUCAACAUCUACCCGACAGAACCCCUCGCCUCAUUCUUGGAGCUCAAACCAGCCCCAUCCAUCAUAUAUCGGAUCAUCAUCGUUGGCAUGGCUCUCGCCAACUUUAUCGUCUGUCUGCUGAUACAGACGUUCAUCAUGGAUAACGUGUCGGUAAAACUGUGGUGCCAGCGAGUCUUGAUGAAGAAACGUUUCAAAAAGGCUGCAAGUCCAUUUGAAUUGAUCGAAGAUGAGAUAAAGGAUGAUCCUAAUUGGCCGCCGAUCAGCGAAUCAUCAACAAGCUUGGCUGAUUUAAUCACACGGGAAUUUGUACCGAACAUGGAUAAGAAACAAGCGAGUAAUGGUGGAGUUGGUAACGGUGCGACCAGUUUCCCGCCGAGCUAUAGCGCCACUGAUUAUGACGUAUCGGUGUUGACUGCAUCGCCAACAAGAAAUCGUAAAAAUCAUGGUGGACUCGUGCCGAGGCAGUCGACACAGACAAUCUCGCAUGAAAACGUGUCAGACGGACCCUGUUUCAUUCCAAAAGAUGACCCCGAGCAUCUCUUAUCAAAGCCUCCUGGUCACCUCUUGGUCACUGAUGAACAGUUCCCAGGCGAGACCUAUGAGACCAACAGAAAUACUGACGGACUGAGUUUUGAGUUUUCUGAUAGUACGCGCCUCUGACGCCUAAUCCACUGGGGUGUCAAAGUGGCCAUUUCAUCACGAUAACAGAGGCUGUGUUUUGCACUUGGUUAUUGUCUUGUUAACUGUUAACAAGAGAUUGGUGCAAAACACAACAUUUGCUUGACAUAAUAUCAAACUUUCGUUUGUAAUCCUUGCUGGCAUUUAUCAGGCUGGACAGACAGUAUUCAAAGUGACUAAUGACCAAUUCUGUUGUAUCUCGUGUUUCCCUGAUCAAGAGCUGGAGUGGUAGAAGGUCAGAAUGGCUGGUUGUAUCUCGUGUUUCCCUGAUCAAGAGCUGGAGUGGUAGAUGGUCAGAAUGGCUGGUUGUAUCUCGUGUUUCCCUGAUCAAGAGCUGGAGUGGUAGAAGGUCAGAAUGGCUGGUUGUAUCUCGUGUUUCCCUGAUCAAGAGCUGGAGUGGUAGAAGGUCAGAAUGGCUGGUUGUAUCUCGUGUUUCCCUGAUCAAGAGCUGGAGUGGUAGAUGGUCAGAAUGGCUGGUUGUAUCUCGUGUUUCCCUGAUCAAGAGCUGGAGUGGUAGAAGGUCAGAAUGGCUGGUUGUAUCUCGUGUUUCCCUGAUCAAGAGCUGGAGUGGUAGAAGGUCAGAAUGGCUGAUUGUAUCUCGUGUUUCCCUGAUCAAGAGCUGGAGUGGUAGAAGGUCAGAAUGGCUGGUUGUAUCUCGUGUUUCCCUGAUCAAGAGCUGGAGUGGUAGAGGAUAAUAUUGUGACUGUUCUGUCUGGUAAGUGGAGCAAGGAGCCCGGGUGCUAAAUUAAUCUGUAUGUAAUAUCAAAGCCUGUAACCUCUCCAGGGAUGGAAAAGGGAAACCAUUUGUUUUCGCAGGCAUUUGAUGAACCUUGAGUCAAGUUAUUGACUCACUCAUCAUUGCUGGCCACAGAUGCCUGUGAAUAUGGCAGAACUGUGACAGUCAACAGCUGUAGUUCAGUCAGACCUUUCAGAGCCGAUUGGACAACUGGGCGCAGGCUGAUAUGGUAUGAAAUCACGUGUAUAAUACUUUAUUUUGUUGAUCAGAGUUCCUUCGAAUGUUCGUUCAAAAGCAGUCUAUGUCGCUUCGAUUCAGUAGAGAUUAGAUCUGUCUUGAUCUCUAAUUUGAAUCAUCUGUUUUCGUAGAUUAUCUAUAGCAUGUCUGAGAUGUGUAAUAUGAUAAUUGACAAUUGUCCUUGUGUGUGUAUAGUGUGUAAAUAAUUAUGAAAAAUUUUACUUGUUUUUAUUUCACUUGUAAAUGAGAGUUUUACACCCAAAAAUCAUUUGUCAAUGAGACUUUAACUCAUGUUGUGAUUUCUUGUGUAUGUUUUAGCUUGAAUAGACAGAGUAAAUCAUAUGUGUGUAGCAUGUACCGUACCAAUAUUACCUUGAUAUUCAAUAAAAGAAUUGAAAAUAAAGGUAUUAUUGGUAUGGUACUUUCAUCUCCAAGUAUAUUGUGAUCAAAGAUCACCUAACAGUCAAACAAUUAAAGAUGCAUUUCAUUAAAUUAGGUGGCAGUCAUGUUUGCAGCGUGGACCCUUGGUAAGGCGGCCUACUUGCACACGUUUGGGCUAAAAUACUGACAUUUAUUGCCAUUGGCCAUUAUAUGGCAUGCAGUGUUUUUUAUGUGUUUAUCAGAAAUACUUGAAAAUCAAUUUUUUCUAAGUCCUUGAGAAAUCAAAUGUUCACUCGCAUUUUCUUAUUCUUCAGUCGAUUUUGACGAGACAUAUGUCAAAUUAGUCAUUAGCGCUCUUUGGGACCAAGAAAAUUGGUUCACUUGAUCCGGUGUAAACCUCGAUGAAUUGUCUCAAGAUAGGACUUGAAAAAUAGUUCACUGUAUCCUUGUGUUCACUGUAAAGGUGUUCACUGUAUCCUUGUGUUCACUGUAAAGGUGUUCACUGUAUCCUUGUGUUCACUGUAAAGGUGUUCACUGUAAAGGUGUUCACUGUAAAGGUGUUCACUGUAUCCUUGUGUUCACUGUGAAGGUGUUCACUGUAUCCUUGUGUUCACUGUAAAGGUGUUCACUGUAAAGGUGUUCACUGUAUCCUUGUGUUCACUGUGAAGGUGUUCACUGUAAAGGUGUUCACUGUAAAGAGGUUCCACAGUAUUUGGGCAAGUACAGGGUGGACAAGAGUGGAGAAGUAAAGUCAUUGAAUAAAUGAGCUGACUAUGGUCCAAUGAAGCUGCCGGUAGCCCUGAUCUGAAUCCCAAAGGUUUCAUUGUAAACGAGCAAACUCCUUUUGAAAUUCAUGUAAUAAGACAUCAUUUCUGAUGCAAAAACCAUUUGAAUUACGCCAGAAAAGGUUUUAAAGACCUGAAGUGGUUUUAGUGGCAUCUGAACUCUUCAAGGUGGAAACAUGUGUAAAAGUGGUGAUCUUACCGUCUUCCUAGAACUGGUCUAUCGGCACAAAUAUAUAACCGGGCCAAAAAGUGAACAUCUUUGUCAAUACCAGGCAGCUUUGACCUAUCUGUCUCAUAGGAACAGGUUAUUGGUGUUAGUUUGGCAAUACUCCACUAGAGUACACCACCAGUUCAUACAUAAACCAUUCAUUAGCUCACCUCUUAGCAGAGGUGAGCUUAUCCCAUACCGUGGCGUCCGUCGUCCGUCGUCGUCGUCCGUUAGCAGGGCACGUUUCGUAACUGUUAGAGCUAUUGAGUUGAAACUUGGUACACAUGUACCCUUAUGUAAUGACACCUGGGAGACCAAGUUUCGGUCCGAUUCGUUUCAUGGUUUGGCCACCAGGGGCCCAAACGUUAAAAGUGAAAAUAUGCAAUAUCUCCCUUAAUAGUAGUCGGGAAAUUUUGAAAAAAAUAUGGUAGGUACUUCUAGCAAAGGUGCAUCAUAUAUCCUCUGGGUUUUUGAUUUGACCUCCUUUUCAAGGUCACAGAGGUCAAAUGGUGUAAAUUGGCCGUCAGGCCGUAACUAUGGCACGUUUCUUAACUGCAAUGACUAUUGAUUCCAAAUUUCGUACACAUUUACCCCUUAGUCAGGUGAUCUCAGGGACCGAAGUUUGGUCC